AUGGCACCGAUGCCGAGCGUCUCUGCGCGCGGACCAAUCUCAUCCAGCGCCCGACCAGACGACGACGGCCCUCUGCACGCCAGUCCCAGCAGCCCGCCACUGACUAUACGGAGUGGUGUGCUCACUCAUCAUCAUCAGCCGACAGCCCAAAUUCACGACCGCGAUAGAGACCGCCGCCCGCGUGCGCCUGAUCCGAGCAAGAAGGUCGUCAAGACAGGGAAAGAUGAUCUCCACUCGGCCAUUAAUGCCGCUGUAAAUCAUCAAUCACCCUCGACAGCACCUCGUAGCGAUAACCUAGAUUCAAGUCCGGGACCAGAAAAGUCAUCGCCGCCAGAGAACAACUCUCCGACGGCCAUGUCUGCUCCUAGAGUGGUGGCCCGCGUGGAGCGAGGACCGAUUCUGGCGCAUCGGACGGCAUCGAUCGACUCUACAGUAUCCUCAAUAUCGUCUGUAUCGGCCUCGACUACACCCCGGCCAAACGGCACGAACGCGUAUCGUGUAUCGCAAGACACUGCAGAGGACGCAGCCAGCUUAAUCGCGGCUGCAGGUUCCGCCGAGGCUGCGCUGCAUAAGGUUCUCACGGAGAAGCAGCAAGCGGCCUCUCACAAUGCGCAGCUAUGGCGACUGGUGGAGAAGCAACGAACAAUGAUCUUGGGCUUGAACAGAGAUUUGGAGAAGUCGUUAAAGGACAAGGAGCGAUACAGGCGCAAGCUCAAAGACAGCGUGACGCAAUCAGAUUCGGCACCUGCGCUCAUGAGUGCAGCGUCACCGGAGAACGACCCGGAAUCCAGGGAGACGAGCCUAUCGCCGGCGAAAGAUGCGCUGUUGCGGGAGAGCAUGGAGGCGCGCAAGACGAGCGAUGUGACGGAUUCAUUCCCUGCGGUCGUUCAUCGCUCAGAUACGCCGCAAGACGCAAUUGAGUCGUCCUCCAAACUUUCGACAACCCCGCCGACAGCCAACAGCUCAAACAUGGAACAGAGGGAGGCGUAUCAUGAUACCACAGCGAUUGAUGCGUUUGUUGCUUCUACCCCUCGCGUGGCUUUACAGCGAGCUCCUACUGGAGCUGGACCGGUCAAGCAGCCGCUGCACAUUCCAACAAGCCCGCAACUCGAUUUUCAGAAGAGCUCGCCCACAACGCCAUACCAGUCAACAACUUCACCAUAUGCACAGUCGUUCUCCAGUCCCAAGACGAGAAAGGCGMCUCCCACUCCCCUGAAACUCAACCCACCGAAGCCCGAGGUCAAUGUGAAUAAUACCAUAAUCGAUGCUUCUGAUUCCGAGUACGAGGACGAUCCAGAGAGUGCUCGCUCAGAGUAUCUCGAUCGUGGACGACGAAAGACGAGAGAGGAAGACGAUCGACAGCGCGAGAUCCAGGCACAGCAWGAAGAAGAGCAUCGGAGCCAGUCGAAAAAGGACAAGCAUAGCAAGAGCAAAACGCCAGUGGGAACGAUGGACUUUCCAGCAGUCUCACCACCAACCGUUUCCACCUACGAGCCUCGUACGCAAGCCGCGAUAUUCGAUCCAACCGCGAAUCCGGCAGACAUGAUACGCAAUCGUGCGGUAUCAGACGCUACUCAGAUGCUGAGGAACAACAUUGCGCCAUCAUUAAUGUCUCCCGGGCUCCCCAUGAGCCCUCGCCCGGGAGAUCGGCCGCCGAAUUCACCCAUGCCACGUGCGCUCAACACCAUCUCCAAUUCAAUUCCAAUGUCGCCCAAGGCUGGAAUGCCAGCGGGUCUACCCUUGUCUCCUCGCGCGCCGAGACAUGCUAUUCCACUUCCUCCGCAGACUCCCGUUUCGAUGUUGUCGCCGCAUCUCGACCGCGCCAAAGCAUAUCACCAACAAAUGCAGCCUCAUCCCCAUUCAUUGCAAGCCGUCACGGAAGGUCUCAGGCCUCCAAGCGAUGAGAGAUCUCCAGAACGCGAGCGCAUGUCAUCAUCGAGUGAUCCAUCGGUGUUCACACCUGGCGAAGUUUACCGAGGGUUCGUCACGGAUCAGUACCCAGGCCUACUUCUACCACCGAAUGCUCUUCCUUCCAUCUUCGUGAAAACGGCAUCAUCCCGGAUGCGACCUUCUCGCGCGAGCUUCAUCGCACCGAAAGUGGCCGACGAGAAUCCAGUCUUUACCCUCUCGGUCCACGAGCGCUCCGAUGGAAAGCAGUUGUGGCAAGUGGAGAAGACAUUUGUGGCUCUUGCGAGUCUGGAUCAGCAUGUGAAAUCAAUGUGUAACGUCCGAGAAAGACUGCCGGAGAAGGCACUUUUUGCCGGACACGCGCCCGCCAAGAUUGAUGCGAGGAGGAUGGCAUUGAAUCACUACCUGGACCGCAUGCUUGACGCCAUCACAGAAGAAAGAGCAGCAAUGGUCGUGUGCAAAUUCCUYUCCACCGACGCUAUUGGUGGCGACAGCGGUGACUACUUUGGUUCGCUCAACGGGAGCAGGCCCGGCUCUCCGGUCGCCCAGCUUCGCCCAAACAGAGCGGGAUACCUCACCAAGCGCGGCAAGAACUUUGGCGGAUGGAAGGCGAGAUACUUUGUGCUGGAUGGACCAAAUUUGAAGUACUUUGAGGGACCUGGCGGUGCUCACAUGGGGUCCAUCAAAUUGCAAAAUGCCCAGAUCGGCAAGCAAUCGAACAGCACAGCUCCGAACCCAAGCGAGGACGAGGACAACCAGUUCCGGCACGCUUUCCUGAUUCUGGAGCCGAAGAAGAAAGACUCGUCCAGUCUUGUUCGACACGUGCUGUGUGCCGAGAGCGACGAGGAAAGAGACGCGUGGGUCGACGCAUUGCUUCAAUAUGUGGACUUUAAAGACGAUGAAGAGCCUCAUCUCGCGCGUCAAGCUCAAGUGCUCAAGACAGAGGCUGUUCCACGUAGUCCGCGGCUGCAAAAGUCAUCGGGUGAUUUGAGGCAAGCUGCAGGUAGCACCCACAUGCGGUCCGCCGAUCAAGUGCGCGCUGUGAACUACAGCGAAACUGUGGCUGGAAAUGCACCAGUGAUGGGACAGGCUCCCUUGAGCCCGCGUCUAGGCACACAGACGCCCUCUCCUCCGUACGAACACCUCAUCAACGGCUCUGAUCAGCAAUAUCCAACAAUCUCAGCCCCAACGAACCUGCAGGUCAUCCAGAAUGCUGGCGACUGGGGUAUGAGACCACCGCCUACACCUGGUUCCCGCGAAAAGAAGAGAAGCGUUUUCCAGCUUCCCUUCACCCGGGGUCGUUCGUCUUCUGAUCUUCAGGCUGGCGACAAGAUCAUGUCAUCCGGCCCCACAGCUGGAGAACGCACGUACGGCAGCAGAGUUGUCUUCGGCGUGCCACUCGCAGAAGCUGUUCAGGCCGCACAACCUGCCGAUGCCUCUACUGACUUACCUGCAGUUGUCUACCGCUGCAUUGAGUAUCUCACAUACAAGAAUGCCAUCGCAGAGGAGGGAAUCUUCCGACUUUCGGGCUCGAAUACAGUCAUCCGGGCGCUCAAAGACCGUUUCAAUACAGAAGGCGAUGUCAACCUCAUCACAGACGACACAUAUUACGACAUGCAUGCUGUGGCUAGCUUGCUUAAGCUGUAUCUACGAGAGCUUCCAGCCAGCAUUCUGACAAGGGAUUUGCAUCUCGACUUUCUACAUACCCUGGAUAUUGCUGGCGACGAUAAAAUCGCUGCCCUCAAUUCUUUGGUGAACAGGCUUCCUAGACCAAAUCGCGCUCUCUUGGAGGCACUCUCUGCCUUUAUGCUGACGAUCGUGAACAAUGUGGAUGUCAACAAGAUGACCGUUCGAAAUCUCGGCGUCGUCUUCUCACCCACAUUGAAUGUUCCUGGACCGUUGAUCUCCCUCUUCGUGGAAGAGCAGCACCGCAUCUUCGGCGAUCUUCCAGACGAGUCGGACCGCUCCAACAGCUCAAACAGCGAAACGCGGCAGACACAUCAGUCACAUCAGCAGUCUUCCUCCAAUGACCUCCGCUCUCCACGAAAGCAAAUGUUCUCUGACUUGCCGACUCCCUCUUACAAUCAGACAUCUUUCCACGUUGACGACAGUGGCACCGGGAUGGUGCCAGUGAACGUCAAUCCAGGUUAUGGAAAUUAUCAAAUGGCACAACAGGGUGACGGUGGCUUUGCGAGUCUCAAUGACGCACUACGCUCACCCACUAUUUACACGACAACCGGAACUGGAGCGCCCACCCCAAGAGAAAUGAAGACCAAGCGACGAGAGAGUGGCAUGCUCGGUGGACAUCCUAUGGCUCCUCAUAAAAAGGCAAGCAUGUCACAAUUGCGCGAAGAGGAAGGUACCAGCUUUUGA